AUGUUUGCUCAACGAGUAUCCAUGGUGAGGCCUCUAGCCUACCGGACGCUUCCCUUCCUUUCUUCUCAUUCCGCAAGAACCUUUAUCACUGGUUUCCCCAGAAUUCCUCAAAGGUUCGAGCAAUACCCAGACUAUGAUGAUACAACCGAUCCUGGGAUGAAUGGCGGAUACGUGAAUCCUCCGGCCGAAAAGCGUCAAUUCAGAGAUCCCUACGGUGAUUGGUGGGAUAAGCAAGGCCGUCGCAAUUUUGGAGAGCCACUGCACGAAGACGACGAUAUCCUCGGCCGGUUCUCUCCUGAGGAAUAUACUCACUUCAAGCCAAGAUGGGCAUUCGCCAUGAAUGGGAUAUUCAUUGCUACAAUGCUUGGAUUUUGUGGGAUUGUCUAUGCCCUCUACCCCGACCAGCCAGCAGUUCCCAGAACCUUUCCCCAUGACGGAUUGCUAGAUGCACUCGGUGGCCCCGGAGCGCUUCCAGCACUGUCGGAUAAAAAUGAUAAAUAGAUAUUUAUAUUCAAUUUUACCGAUGUUUGCUGCU